AUGGGUAUAUUCGGUAAAUCGGCCACCGUCGAUCCCAAGGAUCAAGUUAAACAAUGGACAUCAACCAUACGCAAAGAGACGUAUAAACUAGACCGACAGAUAAGAGGUAUUCAGAGAGAAGAAGAAAAGGUUAAGCGUUCGAUGAAGGAAGCAGCCAAAAAAGGAAACAAAGAUGUAUGCAUCAUUUUGGCCAAAGAAAUACUAAGGUCACGCAAGACCAUCAAUAAACUGAUUACGUCAAAAACACAUAUGAAUUCUAUACAGAUGCAAAUGAAAAAUCAACUGUCCGUUCUGAGAAUGGCAGGUUCAUUGCAAAAGUCUACAGAAGUAAUGCAAACAAUGCACAAUUUGAUCAGAGUGCCUGAAGUCGCAGCUACUAUGAGAGAUUUGUCUAAGGAAAUGAUGAAGGCUGGAAUCAUUGAAGAAAUGUUAGACGAUACAAUGGAGAAUGUAAUGGAUGAUCCCGAAGAUAUGGAAGAAGAAGCGCAGUCUGAAAUUGAUAAAGUAUUAUGGGAAAUAACAGCAGGAGCAUUAGGUCAAGCACCUAUGGCAGUUACUGAAACACCAGGUGGUUCAGUACUACAAGAAACUGAAACAGUUGAAGAGGAUGAUGACCUAGAAGAAAUGAAAAAUCGCUUACAAGCGUUAAAAAGCUAAUUAAAGGUGUAAUAAAAAUGCUAAAUUAAUAUAAUAUAUUAUAUAUUCUAACACAA